ACAGAAGAGGUGGUACGAAAGAAAAACGAAUACACAAAGCAUUUGGAUGGCUAUCGGACAUUAAGGGAUCGCUUUGAGGAACAUUAUAUUAAAGCUGGUCGCAGUGGCCGCAAAGUUGAUGAUGUCCGUGAUAAAUAUCAAAAAGCCUGCCGUAAAUUACAUUUAACCCACAACGAAUAUGUACUCUCGAUAACCGAAGCUGUCGAAGUUGAAAAAGAUUUCCGUACCAUACUCCUACCCGGCUUAUUGGAACAUCAACAGUCGGUCCAAGAAAGUUUCAUACUACUGUGGAAGAACAUUUUACAGGAGGCCAGUCAACAUAGUGAUCUAACCGCGGAUAAAUUCAAGGAAAUUCAAAAACGUAUCGAUAAUGUGAUAAACAGUAUAAAUCCAAGUGAGGAAUAUCGGGAAUUUACCGAAAAGCAUAGAACAUCACCCACCACCCCUGUUGUAUUUCAAUUUGACGAAUCGCUCAUCAAAGACAUCCCUGGCAAAUUACAGUCCAGUACAUUGGCCGUUGAUAAUUUAACUGUCGAUUGGUUGCGUACCAAACAAUUGGAAUUGGAAUUAUUCGUACGAGACUGCCAAGAGAAACAAAUGAAAAUGAUUGAACAUGUCAAUGGUGGUUCGCCCAUAGCCAAUGGUUCGAUAACCUCAAAUGGUAGCAUUAACAGCAAUGGCAUACAAUCGUCAAAGGAGAAUCAAAAUCGCCAAUCGAAGGAUUUGAAUGCCCUACGUUGUCAGGAGAAACAAAAACAAAAACUAUUGGAUAUGAUUAAAUGUGCCCUGAAUGAAGUGGGUUGUGAAGAAUUGCCACCCGGUGAUGAUUUGCCAAAUUUCCCCUGUUUUGAACACAGUGGCUAUAAUAAUGAUAAUCAUCAGAACUCCAAUAACAACCAUCAUACAACAACAAGUGUAAGUAUAUUCAAUGAGUUACGGCGACGCGGUGGUGUUCUCACCUUACUGCGAGGACGUCAUUUCAAACGUAAAUCAACACCCCAGCCGACAACACCGACAGCAGCAGCGCGAGCCAAACGUUUGACCAGUAAAAUGAAACCACGCUCUCAGAGUCUGGGUUCACUAUCGGUAAUUAGUCCCAAUAGCCCUGCAAAAUAUGAGCCUAUUAUUACUAACCUACCCAUGCGCAUGGCUGCCAGUUUUGAAGCUAAUAACAAUCAGGGUUUUAUGCAUGAUUUAAGUGAUUUUGUUAAGGAGCUGACACCGCCACUAAGAUUUGUACCAUCCAAGCUAAGACGCAGCAUGAGCCACGGUUCGAUAUUGAUGCGCAAUGAGCUGAGGGAACAGCACGAGGAAGAUGAUGAAUAUGACGAUAAGAAAUGGUCAUAUAAUAACAAUAAUCAUAUUUAUGCGGAUUUAGAUUUGAAAGAAGAGGAGAAAAAGGAUAUCGGGAAGGAUAAUACUUCUAAUGGCCAGGAAGUAAUCAUGAAUACGAAUGGCGUAGAUGUAGAUAAUAAUGAACAAAACCCCAUACCCGAAGUAAUGCAAAAUUCCAUAGAUGCUCAUUUAGAUCGCAUAGACGAACUGAAUCGUACCUUGGAUAAUCGUCUUAAGAGGACGAUUUCACCACAGGUCACCGAUUUGGAUGCCAUUGAAUCAGCGGAAAUAAUUGAUGUAGUAAAACGACCCAUUAGUGGUAAUCCAAAUGACAUCAAACGUAUAUCCACCUCGAGUUCAGAUCGAGAAUUACCCAUUACCAUGCAAAAUGAUAAGAACAAGAAACGAUCAUUAUCCUUCUCACAAAAAUCCAUUAAUGCCAUUUUAUGCAACAUCAAGGAAUUCUCUAAGAGUCCUUUGACAAAAAUGCAUAAAUCCAUGGAUAGUAAAGAUAGUCCGGAAAAAGAGGAAACCGGCUGCUUCAAUUCAAUGAAAACAAAUGGCGUCAAUGAUAAUAAAAGUUCCGAGGGAACUUCAUCAUCCGAUAAUAAUGGUAAUAAUCAAAAUAGCUCUUCCACACUCAGUUCACCAUCCACACACACCGAUCCAUUACUUGAUUCCUCAAGUCAAUCAACAAAAAUCAACACCACCACCACUACAACAACAAACACUGCCAACAUGAAUCCGUCCAAGGACUCAUCUAACUCAAAGCUAAAAUUUAAAGUGCCAAAAAUACAAAAGAAAUCCAAAGCCAUACGACAAACAUUCCGUUCGAAAUUCAUAAAUUUUCAAUUGCGCAAAGGUAAAUUGUGUAAAGUAUGUACGAAACGUCGUCGUAUACAUCCGAGCAAAAGUGUCUUCGAUUUUGCCAAAGAAUUCAAUUUGAAUUCGGAAACAUCAGAAGAUAAUAGCGAAGAAUUUUGUACAUGCCCUCCAGGAUCACCGCAUGUGGCAAAACACCACAAUCGUCAUCACCGGCCAUUUAGCGUUGAUCGCCACUCGCAUGGCGAUGAUGAUGAGGAUGCUGGUGAAUCAAGUGAUGAUGUACUCUCCAUGAAGGAUCAUUGUUAUUGUGUUCCCAGUUUGGCGACAACAGUCUCCCUCUCAACAAAUCGCCCGCUCUACGAAGAAGAAUGGUUCCAUGGUGUCUUGCCACGCGAAGAAGUUGUACGCCUGCUCAACAAUGAAGGAGAUUUCCUAGUGCGUGAAACCAUACGCAAUGAAGAGAGUCAAAUUGUUUUGAGUGUCUGCUGGAAUGGACACAAACAUUUUAUAGUUCAGACAACAGUGGAUGGUCAUUUCCGUUUUGAAGGACCACCAUUCCCAAGUAUACAAGAGCUGAUCUUACAUCAAUAUCAAUCUGAGUUGCCAGUUACAGUUAAAUCAGGUGCUAUCCUUCGAACGCCAAUACGCCGAGAAAUAUGGGAACUAAGCAAUGAUGAUGUUGUGCUGUGCGAGAAAAUUGGUCGGGGUAACUUUGGUGAUGUCUACAAAGCCAAAUUGAAAUCAACCAAAAAAGAUGUGGCCGUCAAAACUUGCCGUAUGACAUUACCCGAUGAACAGAAACGUAAAUUCUUACAAGAGGGUCGUAUCCUCAAGCAGUAUGAUCAUCCAAAUAUUGUCAAACUGAUUGGUAUUUGUGUGCAAAAGCAACCGAUAAUGAUUGUUAUGGAAUUGGUGCCAGGUGGCUCCUUGCUGAACUAUUUGCGCAAGAAUUCGAAUAAUCUAACAACACGACAACAAAUGGGAAUGUGUCGUGAUGCAGCAGCUGGUAUGCGUUAUUUGGAAUCGAAAAAUUGUAUACAUCGUGAUUUAGCCGCCCGCAAUUGUUUAGUCGAUUUGGAGUGUUCCGUAAAGAUUUCCGAUUUUGGAAUGUCCCGCGAGGAAGAAGAGUAUAUUGUGUCGGAUGGCAUGAAACAAAUUCCUGUCAAAUGGACCGCCCCUGAAGCUUUGAAUUUUGGCAAAUAUACAUCACUGUGUGAUGUCUGGUCAUAUGGUAUAUUAAUGUGGGAAAUAUUUUCCAAAGGAGAUACCCCCUAUUCGGGUAUGACAAAUACCAAGGCUAGGGAGAAAAUUGAUGCUGGCUACCGUAUGCCAGCACCCGAUAAUGCACCAGCGGAAAUGUAUCGUUUAAUGUUACAAUGUUGGGCUGCUGAACCAGAAUCUCGUCCACAUUUCGAUGAAAUUUAUAAUGUCGUCGAUGCACUGAUUUUACGUUUAGACAAUAGUCAUUAAACUCUGCA